UUAUAAAAUAUAUAUAUAGGAAGAGAACAAAGGAAAGACCAGGCUGGGGGUUGUUUUCUUUCCUCAUUCCCUUCUUUCUAUGUCAAGAAACCUUCAUAUUCUGUUGCCUUAAUUCCUUUAAUAUUCAUCCAUCCUUUGCAUCUAUCAAAUCUUUAUAUUUCUUUACAUCAAAUUCAUUGAUUUUUUUGUGUUUUUUUCAUCUGGGUAUCACUUAAUUUGUUUAAAGAUUGGAAAUUUUGAAUCUUUCUUUGAAAAAUCAGGUGGGUUAUGAGAAAUUAAGGUGGGUUUAAUGGCAUCUGAAGAAUCAAUUGAAGUCAAGUUCAGGUUAGCUGAUGGCAGUGAUAUUGGACCAAAUAGAUACAGUCCCACCACCACUGUUGGAUCUUUGAAAGAGAUGAUACUUUCACAAUUGCCUAAAGAUGAAGAAAAUGGACCUAAGAGCAUAAACGAUAUGAAACUUAUCAACGCCGGAAAGAUAUUGGAGAACCAUAAAACACUUGCGGAAUCUAGGUCUCCGGUCAGUGAAGUUCCCGGAGGUAUUAUCACUAUGCUUGUUGUCGUGCGCCCUCCUAUGCCAGACAGAAACAAUGACACCUUGCAUGAUGGCUCAUCAAAACAGAGCAGCUGUCCGUGUGCGAUUCUCUGACCGUAAGACGAACCGAGCUGGUUUAGGCUCGUGUUAUGUGAAAUUCAAAGUAGAUUUACGGUGUUUCCUGCUGCGGAUAAAAUAUGAAAAUGGGUCAGUGGUCCUUUGACUUUUUUUUUUUUGGUAUUUGCUUGGAACUUUGACUUGAAAUUUAAAAGGGUAAAGAAAGAAGAAUGUCUGGUUAUAUGUUUGAAUGUGUAUAUAGAAGCUUUGUAGACCAAAAACACAUGUUUUUUUUUUAAAUUUUAAUUUCAUCUUUCCAUGUGGAACACCAA